AUGACAGUAAAAGUCAUAUCCACGGAGGAAGGUGGAAUGGCUUGGAAAGUGGAAGAAGCCACGACCACAGCCGUAACACCCCCCUUCCCCAAAAAACGGGGUAACGCCUCGGGCAUUAUGCUCGAGGGUCCUCCGGAAAUGAGUUCCCGAUCCACAAGGCAUGCUCAAGAAGACAGAGAAACACUGUGGUACACCAAUCCUUGCAGGUUACGGGAUAAGUGA